AGGCAUCUUGGUGGUGGAAGGAUAUAGUGUGGGUGCUACAUCAAGGGAAUUAUUGGUUGGACGAAAAGAUUGAACGUUGUAUUGGUGAUGGUACUAUGACCCGAUUUUGGGAGGAUAAGUGGAUAGGUGGUUUGCGCUUGUUGGAAGUAUUUCCUCGGUUGUUCUCCUUUGCCUUUGACCCAUUGUCAGUGGUGGCAGAUAAUGGAACUUGGGAGGGAUCUACAUGGGUGUGGCAGGUUAAGUGGAGAAGAGAACCUUUUGUCCAUGAAGGUAGGAGUGUGAAUAUCUUGUUGGAUAUGCUUAAGGGCUUGCAAGUUAUCUCGUCAAGGCAAGAUUAUUGGAGAUGGAUUUAUGACAAGGACGGUGUAUUCUCGGUGAAAAGUGCGUACCUUUGGCUACAAAGAUCGGUAGGUGGAGAACUCAGAAACUCUUCGGAUUUUCAACUAGUUAUAAAAAGACUUUGGAAAUGUAAGGCUCCGAUCAAGUGUUUGGUCUUUUGUUGGCAAGUGCUAUUGAAUGCGUUCCCGUGCAAAUCAUUGUUACAAGUACGUGGUGUGGAGUUGGAAAAUAAUCUCUGUUCUUUUUGCUCUCUGUUUGUAGAAAAUCCUCUUCAUCUCUUUCUAAUGUGUCCGAUGGCUUUUAAUACUUGGUUAGCUGUUGCUAAGUGGUUGGAGGUUACGGUGGUGUUCCCCAAUUCUAUAACUUCUCAUUAUUUAUAUUGGACGAAUCUUGGCAUAUAUGAAAAACAUUCUCAAUUAUUGCGAGUAGUCUGGGUUUCUGUCAUUUGGUCCCUAUGGCUUCAUCGAAAUGUUAUUAUCUUUCAGCAAGGUACUAUAGAUGCCAAGGAAGUGUUGGAUAAUAUUAAAUUGCGUUCAUGGAAGUGGAUAAAUUGUUCUAUCCCUGUUUGUUCUUUUAGUUACUCAACUUGGUAUAAUAACCCAACAUUGUAUUUCUUAUAGUUUCUAUUUUAGAUUUUAGACUAAUUUUGUAUCUGUAUCUCUUGUAACGGGUUGGAGUACCCCUUGUACUCCUUU